GGGACAGGGACAGGGACAGGGACAGGGACACCCCUGGGACAGGGAUGGGGUUGGGGACAAUCCCAGGGCACCCCUGGACAUGGCCAGAACCCAGACAGGGACAGGGACAGAUCCUGGGACAGGGACAGCUCUGGACACAGCCAGACACUGGACACGGACAGAGCCCGGGACAGGGACACAGGGACACAGGGACAGGGACAGAUCCCAGGACACUGCUGGACUCUGGACACGGCUGGAUCCCAGGUCACAGCCAGACAGUGGGACAGGGACAGGGACAGUGCUGGACACAGCCGGACACUGGACACAGACAGAUCCCAGGACAUGGCCGGACACUGGGACAGGGACAGAUCCCGAGACACAGCUGGGGACAGGGACAGGGACAGGGACAGGGACAGGGACAGGGACAGGGACAGGGACAGGGACAGGGACAGGGACAGGGACAGGGACAGGGACACUUCCAGGACAGCGGUGGACACUGGGACAGGGACAAUUCCAGGACAGGGACAGAUCCCAGGACACAACUGCAUGAUGGGACAGGGACAGAUACAGGGACAGGGACAGGGACAGUGCUGGGCACUGGGACAGGGACAAUUCCAGGACAGGGACAGGGACGGUGCUGGGACACAGCCGGACACGGGGACAGGACAGAUCCCAGGCCACAGCUGGGGACAGGGACAGGGACAGGGACAGGGACAGGGACACCGGACACGGCCGGUCCCGGCUGUGGAUCCCAGCCCGGCUCCCCCCUGGCUGCUGUGGGACCCCCAAGGACGUGACCGGAUCCCCCUGGACACCCCCGGAUGGACCCCGGACCCCCAAAUGGAUCCCGGACCCCCCAAAUGGAUCCCGGACCCCCAAAUGGAUCCUGGACCCCCCAAAUGGAUCCUGGGCUCUGAGCCCCCUCCUGGACAGAUCCCGGAGCCCCCAAAUUGGUCACGGAGCCCCCUGGGUGGAUCCCAGAUCCCCAAAUGGACCCUGGACACUCCAGAUGGAUCCUGGACUCCCUGGAUGGGUCCUGGACCCCCCCAAAUGGAUCCUGGGCCUCUGGAUGGAUUCCAGAUCCCCCCCAAAUGGAUCCUGGAUCCCCCUGGACUCUCUGGAUGGAUCCCAGAUCCCCAAAUAGACCCUGAACCUCUCUGGACUCCCUGGAUGGAUUCCAGAUCCCCCUGGACCUCUCUGGAUGGAUCCCAGAUCCCUCAAAUGGAUCCCAGACUCUUCAAAUGGAUCCUGGGCCUCUCUGGAUCUCCCUGGAUGGAUCCUGGAUCCCCCUGGAGCUCUGGAUGGAUCCCAGAUCCCCCCAAAAUGGACCAUGGACCUCUCUGGACCCUUUGGAUGGAUCCGAGACCCCUCAAAUGGAUCCUGAACCUCUCUGGACUCCCUGGAUGGAUUCCAGCUCCCCCUGGACCUCUCUGGAUGGAUCCCAGAUCCCUCAAAUGGAUCCUGGGCCUCUCCGGAGGAUCCUGGGCCUCUCUGGAUCUCCCUGGAUGGAUCCUGGAUCCUCCUGGAGCUCUGGAUGGAUCCCAGAUCCCCCCAAAAUGGACCAUGGACCUCUCUGGACCCUUUGGAUGGAUCCGAGACCCCUCAAAUGGAUCCUGA